CUGUAGGCCAAUAAUACUUUCUGCUGGCACAGAGUUUUCCUGGCUAUUCAACAAGAAGGGGGCUCCAACGGAAUAGGAGAAAAGUUUUGGGGGCAAGAAAAGCUGAUAAAUAAGUGCAGUGUGCCACACAAAACACUGGGAGGCAGCAAAGUUUCAAGAGAGAGAGAGAGGAGGCGUUGGGAUUUGUGUUGAAACGUGUGUUGGUGUGUGUGCGUCGUUCCCCCUGGCAAAAUCAUUAUUUCUUGGCAAAUCAGAGCCACAAUAUCACAGUGCACACAAGUAGUAGUUUAAAAAAAAAAUAAAUAAAAAAUAUGUCAACGGUCGAAUCUUCGAGUUCGGCGGUGCAGCAGCCCCCCUCAUCGACAUUGCCGCUACUUGGCGAUAACCAGCACUCGGCCAUGGCCUCCACAUCCUCGUCGACCGCAUCCGCUUCGUCCUCUUCCUCGGGCGGGGGCGUAGUGGGUGUGCCGCUGGACACUCAGAAUAGUGGCGAGCCGCCGGCAAAGAAACAGUUGCUCGAUCCGAAUGCAGCCUCCUCCAGCUCGCCUGGUGGUGGGGGCACGCUGUCGAGCGCCGCCGCCGCAUCGGGAACCCACGAGAAGCUGGCCUAUCGCAUCUCCACCGCCCUGUGCUGCGCCGUUUGCCUGGAUCUGCCUAAAACGGCCAUGUACCAGUGCCAGAUGGGCCACCUGAUGUGCGCCGCCUGUUUCACCCAUCUCCUGGCUGAUGGACGCCUUAGGGAUCAGAUUGCUACUUGCCCCAAUUGCCGCGUGGAAAUAUCAAAGAGCACUGCCUCGCGCAACUUGGCCGUGGAGAAGGCCGCCUCUGAGCUACCCAGCGAGUGUCAGUUCUGUAAUAAGGAAUUCCCUUACAAAUCUCUGGAGCGCCAUGAACAACACGAGUGCCAGGAGCGUCCUACAAAGUGCAAGUACCAUCGUAUUGGUUGCCAAUGGCGUGGACCCUUCCAUGAGACUACCGAACAUGAACGCAACUGCUUGCAUCCCCAGAAGUCGGGCUAUGAGGUCAUGGCUGCCCUGGAGGCCCACGAUGUCCUCAUCAAGGAGGAGAAGAAAAUGUUCAAUACCCUGAUUGAUUUGCUAAGCUAUGAAAAGAUCAUCUUCAAUGAUCUUCAAAUGAAACCCUAUCGUACAGAUGAGUACGUACACAAGCUAUUCUACGAAACGGCUCGUUUCUCGGCCUUCAACCAGCAGUGGGUGGUUAAGGCCCGUAUCAACAACAGCCAGCGGGAUCCUCACCAAUCGAACGAACGCACCAUUACCUACCAAUUGAUCCUGAAGACAAAGACUAGCACACCCAUGAGCAUACACUUUUUCGCACUCAAAGGCCCCUUCUCCGACAUGAAAGUUUCGACACAAAUUUACAAACAUGACUUUACAGAGACCAGUACAGAAAGUGAUUAUUAUGUGUUGCCCCUUCCUGAUGGCACCGGCGGCACUGGUUCCAGUGAAUGUAAUCGCAUGUUGGCCAACAAGGGCAUCAAUUUCCGCCUGCUUAUGUUUUUGUUAAACAAGUAAUUUCGUUCGCUAGAUGCGCAUCAGAAAAAAGAAUUUUCAAAUUAGCUUAAGUUUGUUGUUCCAAACUCUUAAAUGUGCAAAAGCUAGUAAUAGUUGAUUUAUAUUUUCUAUAAAUGUAUAACUUUGGAAAGAAACCACGAGUCUAGCAUAACCUAAAAAAACGUCGGAUAUAAUAUGUAA